AUGAACACCCAAGUGCCGUUCUACGAUGCGGCCGAAGCCCAGAAAUACUCCCAGAAUUCUCGAAUGAUUGAGAUCCAGACGCAGAUGUCAGAGCGGGCCGUGGAACUUUUGGGCUUGCCAGACGAUUGGCCAUGUUUCCUCCUGGAUGUUGGCUGUGGCUCUGGUUUGAGUGGAGACUACAUCUCUGAAGAGGGACAUCACUGGGUUGGGAUGGAUAUCAGUUCUGCCAUGCUGGAUGUUGCUGUGGAGAGAGAGGUGGAAGGAGACCUUCUCCUUGCAGAUGUGGGGCAGGGGAUUCCCUUCAGGCCAGGCAUGUUUGAUGGAUGUGUCAGUAUUUCUGCAGUGCAGUGGCUCUGUAAUGCUGACAAGAAGACACAUAGUCCCCCAAAACGCCUGUAUCGAUUCUUCUCAACUCUCUAUUCUGCCUUGGCCCGAGGAUCCCGAGCUGUCCUGCAGCUUUACCCUGAAAACUCUGACCAGCUGGAGCUCAUCACGGCACAGGCCAUGAAGGCGGGCUUCACGGGAGGCGUGGUGGUGGAUUAUCCCAACAGCGCCAAAGCCAAGAAGUUCUUCCUGUGUCUCUUUGUGGGGACGGCUGGCGCGUUGCCAAAGGCCCUCGGUGCUGCGGGCACUGCUGCAGAGGAGUCUCAGCAGGCCAAGUUCACCAACGAAAGAACGCGGUUCAGAAAUGCCAAGGGCAAGUCUGUGAAGAAAAGCCGCGACUGGGUCUUGGAGAAGAAGGAGCGGAGGCGGCGGCAGGGCAAGGAUGUGAGGGCGGACACGAGAUACACCGGCCGCAGGCGGCGGCCUCGCUUCUGACCUGUGCUUCCAGGCAGCUCCGGGGAAGGCAUGACACCUCUGGGGAGCGUCCUUGCAGCGCCGCCUGGCCAGAGCGGGUCGCAGUGGAAGGCAGAGCUGUCUCCAAUCCCAUUGGACGCGCCUGGAGACGCUGGCUGGGGACAGACUCCCUGCCUCUGUUCUUCGGGGCCGGUGCUGACGCCAAGCCAAGGGGAGGGGCCAGAGACGCUGGUGUGCAGCCUGCCCCAGUACCCAGCCUACACGGAAAAUGGCCCUUGGGCCGGGCAGGGCAGUCCUCUCUCCAGCCAGGGGCCUUUGUGCACAGCAAGGGCUGGUGGGUCCCCCCUCCCCCCGCCAGGGUAUUUGUGUGCGCAGGGCUGUGUGCGCCAGGAGCCCGCUAGGGACUGCUGCUGCAGCGCUGCUGGGUUGGCAGCUAGAGGUGGGGGGCCCAUCCCUCACUGAGCCAAGGGAAAUUCCUGGAGCUGCCGCCUGCCAAAGGUGCCUCCUCUUUGUCCCUCCCCUCCCGGGCAAGGGAGUGAUGCGGCCACUGCUCUGCUUUGUGGUUACAAAUGUUUAUUCUACAUAAAAAUUCCACCGGUGGGAA